AUGCAGGAUCAGUGGAAGAUCGAUGUAGAGUCGGAGGACCACAGGUCGCGACGCGACAUGACGGAGAAGUCUAUCACUCGCUACGUGAAAGGUGAAGUGGAGCGGCAAGUGACCUCGUCCUCUACGUCGAGCUCCGUCUUUGUGUCUGACUGCACGUGGGUCAUGGGUGCGUCGGUUGCCCAGCCGUCCUAUCUCUGCUGCGGACUUAGCAACGGAAGUGUGUGCCUCCUGAACACGUCAAACCUGUCCAAGAUUUACCUCUUCGAGGUCGAUCGCGAUUCCCGUAGAUCGCAGCGCGACAGUGAUCGUGGAGGGCAAGGGCAGGGACCUGGACGUGCGUCUUCUGCUUCGCAGCAGCUCGUUGCUGUGGCAACGCACACCGUUUCAGCCGGUUCCAAUCCGGCCGCUGUGCAGACACUGCUGUGUAUGACGCUCGACAACGUCGUAUGUGUGUGCCCACUGGAUAUGUCGAUUGUGCUGGAGCGAAAGAAAGUGUCGCGCAGUGACAUGGCCAAGGUGAAGCCGUUCCCGGCGGUGGCAGCCGGCGCGGUGCUACACUCGUCCGUUCACUUUAAUUCCAAAGGUAGUGGUAUCCUGGCGCUACUCUGCAUUGCUCAGGAGUCUGCAGCGGCACCAGGUACGUCGUCGAUCCGCUACUGCGCGGCCGUUCUUUCAUCGUCGGACGAGACAGUGACACUGCAGAGUAAGUACACGAACGAGGACGACUGGCACACUCUCGCUCCUCCGUUUGCCGGUGGAGACUCGCGCCCUGGCGCCCCUGUGGAGUUGUGCUACUGCGGGUGGUGGUCGGCGGACACACUCGUGUGCGUUUGGUCGAACAGCGCACUCCAGUUCUUGCAGGCGACUGGAAUGCAGGUAGUUGGUGAGUGUCGCCUACUGCGCCAUUGCACCUCAGAUGCUGUGACGAACGCUACAGUUACUCGACCGGGUGCCGCGGAGGCGUCUGAUGGCGCCACUUCUGGCCUCGUCGCCGUCGUGCUCGCCCACAACGUCGCCGCUUCCUUUUACGUUACGGUACGACAUAGCGCCAGCGCUUAUGCGCAGGAGCCGAAGCGCCACCGUGGUGAGGCGCUCCUCACCGUGACGCUGACCCCCACCAUGCAAACCUACUGUACGGAGGACAUCCCCGUCCGAGAACUUCACCUCGUCCGCUCGUUCUCAUGGACCAUUGUGUUGCUGCUGGAGAGUGGCGCGCUUGUCUUCCUGGACGCGGAGACGAUGCGGCUCUCCGUUCAUCGCCCCGUGAAUCGCUUGCGGGCCCCUGACGCCGGCCGGUAUCACGCAGGACCCUUGAUGGUCGCCUCGCGGGACUUCUUCUGCGUGUUGAGUGGGAAACCGUUUUCGGCCGUCAUUGUCGAGCACAACACUGCGAUUUUGCUAAAGUCUUAG